UUUUGAAAUCAACAACAAUCUUCUCCAUCGUAAAAGACCUUGAACGCCACGACCUGUGAAGCAUCGUAUCGUCAUUGAACCCAACGCCAAACAUGGCUGAUGAACCCCGAAGAUCUGUCAGGGCGACGAAAGGACAGCACACGAAGAGUCUCGAUCUCCUUGACCAACCCUCUGAGCUAAAGAAGAAAACCACGAGGAAAUCCAAGAAGGCCGCCGAGAAGGAAGAAGAGGUCGAAGUCAUUCGCUGCGUUUGCGGUGCUAUCGAGACUGGUGAUAAUGACAACGAGCCUUGGAUUGCAUGCGAUAAAUGUGGCGUUUGGCAACAUAACGUCUGCGUUGGAGUCGGCGUCUACGAUGAGGAUAUACCCAAGGCGUACAUGUGCGAGCAGUGCGAUCCAGUAUUCCACAAACAACUUCUUGAUGCCUUUCAACGAGGGGAGGACAUAUUGGGAGAGCGCCGGAGAGCAUACGAGAUCCAAAAGCUCCAGGAUGAGCAGGAGGAAGCACUCAAGAAGAAGGGCAAAAAGAAGGGCAAGAGAAAUAGUGAUCAGAAGUCUGAAGCCAGCCAUGGUACGAACGGCAAGGCCAACUCUCCUGUCGUGGCAGAUCUGAAGAAGGAAAAGAAAGAUACAAUUGCGAGAUCUGGAAGCACGAAGAGAAAGGUAAGAGAUGAUGAGGCUCAGGACUCUGGAAAGGAGCCCCAGUCAAAGGUGCGAAAAGUCUCAUCCCAGCCUGCGCAAGUUGCCUCUCCGCCCCGAACUCUGUCCGUCAAAAUCGUUGACCUCGAAUCCGGCCGGCAAGGAUCAGCAAAGCUCGUCCUCAAAAGCCUCACUCAUUCUAUCCCGAUCGCCAUCAAGGCAGGCGUUUUUGCCCUAAACAAGGACGACGAUAUUCAUGCCAAGGCAGAACGUCUCGCCGUCGAAGUCGAAGAUGCCGUUCACCACACCCAUACCGACAAGACUGCCUACAUUAAACAGUCUCGUGCCAUUGCCUUCAACCUCAAGCAAAAUCAAGAGCUGUCCAAUGGCCUCCUUACCCGGAGCUUGUCACCCCAUGCCCUCGCUUCCAUGACUUCUGACGACAUGGCCAGCAAGGAACUGAAGCGCGAGACCGCAGAGAUGAAGGCACGUUCGGACAAGCAGGCUAUCAUGGUAUCUGACGAUGGUCCCCGCAUUCGCCGAACGCAUAAGGGCGAUGAAGUGAUUGAGGAAGACAAUUUUGCAGUUCCAAACGACAGCACGAUGUCAACGUCCCGCAGACGAAGCAUGAUGGACCCAAAUGCUGAGAUGGCAGCUCGAUCUCGAGAGAAUUCGCCAGGUGAUCAAGUCGAGCUUCCAGAGAGCAUUGAUGACCAUCGAUCUCGGGACGAUAUUCGAGGCCACGCAGCUCCCAAAUCUUCUCUCAAUAUCGACACGAAGGCUCAACAGCCAGUUCGAAAGCCGUCAGGUUCCGCCGAUUUCGACAUCAACAAAGUCUUUUCAAGUGUCCAAUCUCCCCUCAACGCCCACCACGUUCGUCGACAGUCCACCAACAAUGCACCCCCCUCGCAGGGUCCUGGUGUCGAUCCUGAAAUCGACAAACUGCUUCAAGAUGACGAAGGAAACGAAUCGCCGCCAUACUCUCCUGCCGAAUACAGCUCUGAUCCAGAAAUUGUUUGGCGUGGAGCAGUCACCAUGGAUUCGAUUGCCAAGUUCCCGGCCGUCGCAAAGCUUAUCGGUGGUGCAGACAUCAGCCAGACUAUCCCCUGGAGCGAUAUCCUUCAAAAGGAUCUCAGAGUUGCGGGUCGUAUUGACCAGGAGAAGGCGAACGAGUAUCUUUGCAGCCUCCGAUACAGCCCUCCUACCGAUGUUGUUGUCGUCAAUGUCACUCCCACCGGUGAAGCCGCUGCCCAAGGCUUCUCGGAGCUCUACGAUUACUUCCAGAGCAAGAAUCGAUAUGGGGUUCUCACAAACAAGGGUGUUGGAAACAUUCGCGACACUUACCUCGUCCCGAUCCCCCCAAACCCUGGCAGUUUGCCUGAUUUCAUCAUCAAUUUAGAAGGCCACCGGGUACCAGAGCUACGAGCAGAACCCAUGAUUCUUGUUGCGCUCGUCAUUCGCCACGAAAACAACUCCAUUUCUCACCAAGGAUUUGAGGGCGCAACGGAGGCACAGUCACCCUCCAUGAUGGGCCAUCCACAACGACAAAUGUCCAUGUCUGGCCCCGCUCCUGCAAUGUCACCAAUUGCCCCGCAAGGUUCCUUCCAAGGUCCCCCUCCGCCAGUUGCCUCACAACCGCAAAUGACCCCCGAUGAGGCCCAACGUCGACAGCAGCAAGAGGAGCAGCGGGUGCGUGAUCAACAGGUUGGGGAAGUGAAUGCACGCCGCAUACUUGGUGAGUUUGUAGACGCGCCCACGGUUGCAUUUCUCAUGCCCCAGGCAUAUCAAAUGCGACCCGUUGAGUGGCAAGUUAUCAGAAGAAUUUUGGAGGAGGAUGAGAAGGCGAGAGGUGAUCUGCAGCACCUGAGCCAAGUUCUUGAGGUUCGAAUGGCGCAAGAGUCCCAAGGCCCGCCACAGCCUUAAAUGGUCUCGGAAUGCUGCCUUGUUUGUAGAGUUUGUUGGUAUUGGCUUUCUUUCUACUUCUGGAGCUUGACUUGGAGGUCAUUGGCUCGCAAUAUUUUCAUGGGGAUGUUUUGCGGCUUUACGAAUGAUACCAUUACGAGAUCAUGACCUCGCUGGAUAGUUGGGCUCAUCGGUUUCUCUUUUUUUCUUCUCGGAAUG